AUGCUUCGCCGGCCUCUUACUGCCUCCACGGCUGCCACCGCAGCAGGCGUCGGCGCGGCGCUUGCCCUGUCCGCAGCUCGCUCGUAUCGCAUAAUCCCGCACAUGUACAACGAGAUUGAGGAGCUCGCGGAGACACAGAAGGCGGGGCGCUGGCAGGUAUCGCACCGGAAUUGUCUGCAGCAGCCGCUCAAGAAGGCGGAGAUUAUGUGCGACAAGCUCAACUACCGGGAGAAGCGCCGCAGCGGCAAACUACCGGAGAAAUCAGUGGCGCGCAAGCUGAGCCAGACGUACGCCGUUGACGGGAAGGUGUAUGACAGCAAGUACAAGACAAAGCUGAUCAACAUCACAAUUGUCGGCUUCGACGGCCAUCCAUACCACUUCCGCCUGUAUCCGAUGCCAGACGUGACGCUCAAUACGCUGAUUGAUGGGUCUGGCAUGUGCCACGGCUUCGCACACUACUGGGGGAAGUGCAACAACCCCGACUGCUCCGACUGGCACCACGGCGAUGGCUGCCUCGUGAAUGUCGACAUUGAGACGCUUGAUCGUCUGCUGCCGCCGAACAGAUGGGAAUACACGUCACUCACGAAUUGGCGUUCCAUGGACCGCCCAGACAUUACAUACAACACGCGCUUCAGCUGCCAGAUACCCAUCACAGAGGAGCUUGAUGGGGGUUUGUUUGCGUUGAAGCAAUACUGGACGCGAGCGCUGCGUGAAUCCGUGUCCGACUGGGGCCUUGUCGACGACACAGGCACCAUCUUUGGCGCGCGCAGUAAGAAGAUUGAGCCGUGGGCGCCUAUCAUCGAGGAACCGACAAAGGUUGACUUCCCCAUCACACUUGACAUGCUGUGGGCACAAAGCUACCAGGAUAUCCUAAAGGCAAAAUACCCGAAGAUGAUGCGGAAGGACGGCUACCACACAAAGCCUGAGAUGUGGGCGGCGUACGUAUAA